CUUCACAGAUGGACAGAAUGUUGUAAGAGACACGUUUAAACCUUUAAAUUCUCUCAGCCUGAUUCACCUGUCUGAGAAAAGAUGUUUUUAAGGUUAUGUUCCUUCCUUAGGAUGCCAGCAAAACUGACAUUUUUCUGUGGAGGGUUCAUUGGCUUUGUGUUGGUGCACAUGAACCUGAAAUUUAGCACUUAUCAAACUUUAGCCUUGUUCACAUUUAAUGGGCUUCGAAACAGCCUUCCGAUUAAGGUUGACAUCUCUAUCGUGAACUCGGAUGACGUAGCGAAGCAGCUGAGCUCGAAGGUGCAGGUCCUGUGCUGGAUCAUGACCCAGCCCAAAAACCUGGAGCUGAAAACCAAACACGUCCGAGCCACUUGGGCCAAACACUGCAACAUGGUCCUGUACAUGAGCUCGAACGCCAGCGACUUCCCCACUGUUGGACUGAAUGUGUCUGAGGGCAGAGAUAAUCUCUACAUGAAAACUAUCCAAGCCCUCCAUUACAUCCACACUCACCACCUGGACUCUGCAGAGUGGUUCCUCAAAGCUGACGACGAUACGUUCGUGGUGGUGGAGAACCUGAGACGUCUCCUGAGUGGAUACAACACUGACGAGCCCGUCUACCUGGGACACAGGUUCGGGAUGUUUGUAACUCAGGGCUAUAUGAGCGGUGGAGCCGGCUACGUUCUAAGCCGAGAGGCUAUCAGAAGGUUUGUCCAAGGUUUCAGCUCAGGACAAUGCACGCACACCAGCCCGCUGGAGGACGUUGCCUUGGGGAUGUGCAUGGAGACCAUGAAGGUUAAAGCCGGAGAUUCGAGAGAUGAGCUGUUGAGAGAAACAUUUAACCCCUUCACUCCAGAAAGCCACUUGAUCCCUCCAGCCACAGAGGAACAUAUCUGGAGCUACGAUUACUAUAAAAGAAAAAGAGGCCCAGAAUACUGUUCUGAUUUCGCCAUCAGCUUUCACUACAUCCAGCCUGAGAUGAUGUACGAGCUGGAAUACUACACUCAUCACCUGAGACCUUUCGGAUAUCAGUACAGGUUUACGCCGGGCGUCUCUGCUAACGUUACUGAAAGCCAAGAGAUUACAAAUAAAACAGAGACAAUAAACUCCACUGUGAUAUAGUAGAGAAAACAGCACCAUUUAUUGACAAUUGUAUUUCAUUCACAGCUUAUUAAUAAGUUCACUUGAUUAAAGUAGCUGUAAAA